AUGCGACUAGAAAAAGAUAAAUCAACCAUCAUCAGCAAACAAUCAUCAUUAUUCAAACUAUGUUUGACAAAGUUAGAGAAUAGAUUAUCAGAAUCAAUUAAUAAUAAUACAACUACCAAAGAUAUAUUACUACAACAACAACAACAACAACAACAUUAUAAUGGAAUAGUUGAUAAUGAUGAAAAACAUAAUCAAUCAUUGAAUAGAAUGAAAUCAUUGAUUGAUUGUUUGAUUAAACAAUCUAGACUAUCAACCUCUGUGCUCUACCAUUAUUCAGUUGCUCUUCCACUCGACUUUAUCACUCAUCUUGACUUUAAAUCAUGUCAUGAUCUAACCAAUUCUUCUGUAUAUACUAUAUCUCAAAUAUUAACCAUUAGAUCAUUAAUUCUAAGUAAAUGUAAAAGAAUUGAUAGUAUUGGUAUAUCUUAUCUAAAGAAUUUACCAAAAUUAAUAACACUUGAUAUAUCAUCAACUGGAAUUGAUAAUGAUGCAUUGUCGGUGAUCAAGGAAAUGCCACGUAUUCAAAUACUUGAUAUAUCUAGUAAUCGUGGUGUUGGUGAUACUGGGUUGGUGCACUUGUCGGCAUGUUCGACGUUGACUAAAUUAAUAGCAAAGAAUACACCUCUUACAGAUGACUCUAUCAUCUUUACUGCCAAUUAUAUCAAGAAUUCUCAUGGACGUUCUGGAUUCAAUUCAUUGCAUACUAUUGUAUUGGCAGAUACUCUUUUAACUGACAUUUGUCUUUCAUCUCUCACAGCGUUACCUGUUAUAUGUCACAUUGAUCUAUCUGGUACAAAAUGUUCAGAGAGAGAAAUCAACAACACUCUCUCUAUCUUUUACCAACACCACUCAUUUACUCUAAAGGAUCAGUUAAACAUUCAUAUCAAACGUAACAACAUACUUCACUUUAAAGAUCCAAAUCUUGUCCUAUCAAAUAAUUUAUUAUGGAAUAUAGAUGAAAUUAAAAGAUUUAUAAUGACUUCAAAUAAUAAUCAAAAUAAUAAUCAAAAUAAUAAUAAUAUGAAUAAUCAAUCAUCUCCUUCUUUAUUAUCAUCUUCAUGGUCAACAUUAUCAACCUCAACACUACUGUCAUCACCAAAUCAAUCAUUUGAUGAAGAAUCAAUUCCUUCUUUAUCUUCUUCUAUUUCUUCUUCUUCUUCACAGACAAUGUCAUCAUUGUCAUCUUCUUCGUCAUCAUUAUCACUCAACUCAUCAUUAGAUUCAAGUUUUGAGAUUGAUUCAAGUUUAUAUUUACCAAAUAUAAUGUCGGGUGGUGAUAUGGGAUCCCCUUCUAGUUUAGGGUAUGGCCAAAAUAAUCAACAACAACAACAACAACAACAACAACAACAUAAAUCAUUAUUCCAACAACAACAAAAGAAGAAUGGUGGGUCACUUGGAAAUUUAAAUGUAUUUAAAGAUCCAUUUUCAAACUCACCAACUAAACGUGUUCCUGGUAUGGUUGGAUCCAUUCAUUUAACAUUUUCAUCGCCAACAACAACAACUGUAGUUCCAUCACUCUCCACUUCCUUAUCCUCUCCUUGUUUAUCCUCCUCUUCAUCUCCACGAUUUACAAACACUGACUCUUCUUCUUCUUCAGUGUCCAAUACUAAUAAUAAUAAUAAUAACCAACCCAAAUUUUCAACACCAACCAAAUUUUCAACUCCAACCAAACAACGACAACAACAACUCUACACACCUGGUAUGAUGAUGAUGAAUAAUCAAACAACACCAUUAUUUAAUCGUAUAUUGGUGUCACCUAAACGUACACCAACCAUCUUUUUGACAUCACCAGUCUACAGUCCCAUUUCCUCGACUAAAAGAACAUAUAGACAAUUCAAUAAUAAUCGAUACCACCAAUACGACGACAAAGACCAAGGUGAUUAUGUCAAGGACGACGAUGACCAAGAAGGUGACCAAGACGACGAUGAAGAAUCCAAUUUUAAUAAUUACCUAAAUCAAAGAAAUAAUCAAAAACAACAGCAACAACAAUUAGUUAGACAAAAACAACAACAACAACAGCAGCAUUCCACUUGUAAAAUAAUUCCAAAGAAACAAAAAAUGGAUAAUGAAAAUACAGAUACUAAUAAUAAUAAUAAUAAUAAUAAUAAUAUUAUCAAUGAAGAAUAUGUAUACAUUGAUAAUUUUAAAAUCAUCAUAGAGACUAGCGAUGACCUUGGAGAAGAAGAUAAAGCAUCAAGCAGAGCAGCAAGCAGAGCAGCAAAAAGAGAUAGAUAG